GGUAGGGUAGGGCGGAGCAACCCGGGAGCUUUAAAGAGCCCAAAACAUUAGUCUCCACCCAAGGCUGCUGUAAUCAAUCCUGCCGGACACCAUGGCCGAGAACUCCAAACUCCAGCUGUUUGUCAAGGCCAGUGAAGAUGGUGAGAGUAUAGGGAACUGUCCUUUCUGCCAUCGUCUCUUCAUGAUCCUGCUACUCAAAGGUGUCCCCUUCACUCUCACCACAGUGGACACCAGGAGGUCCUUGGAUGUGCUGAAAGACUUUGCCCCUGGCUCCCAGCUGCCCAUUCUGCUGUAUGAUGGGGAAGCCAAGACAGAUAACAUCCAGAUUGAAGAGUUCCUGGAAGAGACACUGGGGCCACCCAGCUUCCCCAGCCUGGUUCCUCGAUAUAAGGAGUCUAACAUAGCUGGUAAUGAUGUCUUCCACAAAUUCUCAGCUUUCAUCAAAAACACUUCUCCUGCUCAGGAUGAAGCCUUGUAUCGGCCCCUGCUUCGUGCCCUGGUGAAACUCGAUCGAUAUCUGAUCACACCCCUGGAGCAUGAGUUGACCCGGGACCCGAACCUCACUCAGUCCAGGCGUCGCUUCUUAGAUGGAGACCAGCUCACCUUGGCGGAUUGCAACCUCCUGCCCAAGCUGCACAUCGUCAAUACCGUGUGCACCCAUUAUCGACAGGCACCCAUCCCCGUUGAGCUCCGUGGGCUCCACCGAUACCUGGAAAAUGCACUGCAGGAGAAGGAAUUCAAGUAUACCUGUCCACAAAGCUCAGAGAUCCUGGCUGCCUACGCACCUGUGGCGCGAUCUCGAGCUCGCUGAACAUCCCUGCCUCUCCUCUCCCCACGGAAUCCAUCCGCUUUGGCUCUCACCUACUGCUCCUCCCUGCACGGGCCUCAGGCACACGGACUCCCUCAUUCGUCACUCCCUCUGUGAGCACGCUGCCCAGCCACUUUUUCAUGCGUCUCUUCUAAAUACCACGGAUUUCGAAUACCAGGAUUUCCUCUCCGAUUGCCCCUCCUGGACUGACCUUCCUUACUUCUAGUCGCCGUUGUCCUCCUGUGUUGGUCUAGACUGUUAAUCUGCUUCAAAGGGGUGUCCCUACACAUACUUUUUGGUCACAGCUAUGCCCAGGUGUGACUCAUUUUCCUGAGGGCAGAGGCUAUGAACAGGACCCCAGUUUCCUGACUACAGCCUCCACCCCCAUCUCUGACCUGACCCCAAAUCAGGCCCCACUCACAAUGACCUCUAACCCUGCCUUCCACUCAGGCCCUCCCCAUGAUACCUCAGGAUGGCACACACCAAAUACCUGUUAUCCCAGGACUGACACCGGACGACAUCCAGCCACCAGGGUGGGGCUUAUACCAGCUCCCUCCCAGACACAGGGAGAAAUAAAGGCCCAGCCCCUUUGUAGCUCUGCCCAAGGACUUGGAAAACAAGAACUGCUCCUCAAACCAGUUGGGUUGGGGUGAGAACAGUAGAAAAGGUCUAGAUGGCGAGUUGAGAGGCAGGGCCAGGAAGCCACCUCCCUGAGCUGGGUGGAGAGAAGAGUAAGGUUGUGAAUGUUUCCAGCCAGCUUGACCACAUUCCCUGGCUUAUUCCUCCUGAUCCCAUCAGUUAAGCCAGCUCCUCACCACCAACUUACCCUUGCCUUUCUGAUCCCCCCCACCCCCAAUUUCUGGGGCUCUGGGAAGUAGACCCUACUUGGGCUCAUCUGUGUUGCUGGAUUGACUGUGUGCCAGGCACUGUGCUAUUAGACAUAAUCCAAAGAGUUAAAUUUGAAUUUGGGGUCAGAUACUUAUUGCUGGGGCAGGGGGAAUUGCUGGGGGGUGGGGGGGGAUGGGAGACUCUGGUCCUGUCACUGCUACUGACAUCAGAACAUAGGUUCAAAUCCUGACUUGGACAUUUAAUAGUUUUGUGUCUCUGGUCACUUCAAAGGUUCUUGGAGCCUCUGUUUACUCAUCUGUAAAAUAUGGAUAAUACUUCCACUACUUAUAGGGCUGUUGGGAGGAAAGCACAUUGUAACCUUAAAACUAUAUAGAAACAUGAGCCCAUUAUUGUAAAUGCAAAUUGUUUCUGUCUACACAUUUGUGUUUCUAAAACUAAAGACUGUACGUGUAUUUGUAUGAUUGUCUAUACAGCUAUCUUUGUACAUCUA